GCCUGCACCUACUAAAACCACAUCAGAGAGGUCCUUUGAAAUCAAACAGACAGAAAAAUCAAACAAUUUUAUGGUUAAAUAGGCCCAAGCAUAGGCUGCAGAACCAAGAUCAAAGACAGACAUGACAGAAUUUCAAGAAUUUAUCUUUCCUCUCCUUUCUUGCCUAAUUCUCACCAUCUUACUCGGAGUUCUAUUCAGAAAAAGAACCAAUUCUCGUCUUCCUCCAAGCCCGCUAGCCUUCCCAAUCAUCGGCCAUCUCCAUCUCCUGGCCCCGAUACCUCACCAAGCACUUUACAACCUCUCUAACAGGUACGGACCCUUGAUGCAAAUAUGGCUUGGCUCUGUGCCUUGUGUGGUGGCUUCGUCGCCUGAAAUGGCCAAAGAGUUCCUAAAGACUCACGAGUAUUCCUUCUCCGAUCGCCCCACAUCAGCUGCUGUGGAUUACUUAACAUAUGGCUCACAGGACUUCUCGUUUGCUCCCUACGGGCCCUACUGGAAGUUCAUGAAAAAGCUCUGCAUGUCUGAGCUUCUAGGCGGCCGAACACUAGACCUUCUGCUUCCUGUCAGGCGCGACGAGAUAAGGCGCUUUAUGGCACUGCUCUCACACAAGGCUAAAGCUGGAGAACAAGUUGAUGUCGGAGCUGAGCUCCUAAGGGUAACGAACAAUGUAAUAUCAAGAAUGCUUAUGAGUGUAAGGUGCUGUGAGGAUGAAGAUGAAGCUGGGAGUGUAAGAAUGCUGGUCAAAGAAACUGCAGAACUGACAGGGAAGUUUAACCUCUCAGAUUUCAUUUGGUUUUGUAAAAAUCUGGACUUGCAGGGGCUCAGGAAGAGACUUAAGGACGUGCACGAGAGAUUCGAUGGAAUGAUGGAAAAGAUCAUACAUGAUCAUAUAGAGGCUAAAAGGAGAAGGCAACAAAACAAUUCUGGAGAUGAAGCAGUCAGGGAUCUGCUUGACAUCUUACUGGAUAUAGCAGAAGAUGAAAGCUCAGAGAUGCAAUUAACCAGAGAAAACAUCAAGGCUUUUGCUCUGGACAUCUUUGCAGCAGGAACUGAUACAUCAGCCAUUACAGUAGAGUGGGCACUUGCAGAGCUAAUAAACCAUCCAGAAACCAUGGAGAAAGCAUCACAAGAACUAGAUUCUAUGAUUGGAAACAACAGACUAGUAGAAGAAUCAGACAUUUCAAAUCUCCCAUAUCUCCAGGCCAUUGUGAAAGAAACACUCAGGCUUCACCCCACGGGGCCAAUGAUAGUGAGGGAAUCAACCGAGGACUGUGUCGUCGGAGGCUACAAUAUACCUGCAAAGACGAGGCUCUUCGUCAACGUCUGGGGCAUCAAUAGAGACCCGAGGCACUGGGAAAAUCCACUCGAGUUUCAACCGGAGAGGUUUCUGAGUGGAGAAUUUGAUGUUAGAGGGCAGCAUUAUGAGUUCCUGCCAUUUGGAAGUGGGAGGAGAGGCUGCCCUGGAACAUCAUUAGCUAUGCAAGUAGUUCAAACCAGCUUGGCUGCCAUGAUUCAGUGCUUUAAAUGGAAAGUUAAUGAAGGUAGUGUGGACAUGGAAGAGGGGCCUGGCUUAACUCUCCCUAGAGCUCACCCUUUAGUCUGUCUCCCAGUGACUAGGAUCAACCCACUUCCAUCAAUGUAAAAGAUUCUGGUUCAACACAAACAAGACAGAUAAAAAACAAAAACUAGAGAGUUUUCAGUUCAUAGUUUCAGAUUUCAUUGUUUUAGUAUUGUUGAAGUUUCAAUGUUUGAAACAAAGAAUAGUUGCACCACUUCAUAAAA